AGUGCAUUCUUAAUUGCUAGAGCUAACAUGCUCUCAGCAUGGUCUUUUAAUUACACCCUAAUAAUUUAUUAUAGUUUCUCUCUACAAUGUAAAGUCUUGGAAAUCACCCACUAAAAAGUGCCUGUGUACUCUGGGGCUUUGGCAGGCUAGGACAGAACUUCUGAGAACACUGUGUGUUCCAGAGAAGACAAUCAAUCUGAGAGGACUUACACAGAAACAGUUCAUUCAGGACCUGGCUGCUGGCUUUUAUCUGAGAUCUGAGGAUUUCACAAUCACUUGGAGAUACCUUAAAGUGUAUAGCACACCUUGGAUAUUACUCUUAAUGAUUACUUCAUUUUGUAAAGAGGUGACUCCACCAACAGCAAAGGAGAGGGCCCAGCCCCAGCCACCAGGAAUACAGUUCUCUGCCAAAAUCUUUUGAAACUUGGCACGGUAUUCAAAAGUCCGUGGAAAGAAAAAAACCUUGUCCUGGCUUCAGCUUCCAACUACAAAGACAGACUUGGUCCUUUUCAACGGUUUUCACAGAUCCAGUGACCCACGCUCUGAAGACAGAAUUAGUUAACUUUCAAAAACAUCUGGAAAAAUGAAGACUUGGGUAAAAAUCGUAUUUGGAGUUGCCACCUCUGCUGUGCUUGCCUUAUUGGUGAUGUGCAUUGUCUUACGCCCUUCAAGAGUUCAUAACUCUGAAGAAAAUACAAUGAGAGCACUCACACUGAAGGAUAUUUUAAAUGGAACAUUUUCUUAUAAAACAUUUUUUCCAAACUGGAUUUCAGGACAAGAAUAUCUUCAUCAAUCUGCAGAUAACAAUAUAGUACUUUAUAAUAUUGAAACAGGACAAUCAUAUACCAUUUUGAGUAAUAGAACCAUGAAAAGUGUGAAUGCUUCAAAUUACGGCUUAUCACCUGAUCGGCAAUUUGUAUAUCUAGAAAGUGAUUAUUCAAAGCUUUGGAGAUACUCUUACACAGCAACAUAUUACAUCUAUGACCUUAGCAAUGGAGAAUUUGUAAGAGGAAAUGAGCUUCCUCGUCCAAUUCAGUAUUUAUGCUGGUCGCCUGUUGGGAGUAAAUUAGCAUAUGUCUAUCAAAACAAUAUCUAUUUGAAACAAAGACCAGGAGAUCCACCUUUUCAAAUAACAUUUAAUGGAAGAGAAAAUAAAAUAUUUAAUGGAAUCCCAGACUGGGUUUAUGAAGAGGAAAUGCUUGCUACAAAAUAUGCUCUCUGGUGGUCUCCUAAUGGAAAAUUUUUGGCAUAUGCGGAAUUUAAUGAUACGGAUAUACCAGUUAUUGCCUAUUCCUAUUAUGGUGAUGAACAAUAUCCUAGAACAAUAAAUAUUCCAUACCCAAAGGCUGGAGCUAAGAAUCCCGUUGUUCGGAUAUUUAUUAUCGAUACCACUUACCCUGCGUAUGUAGGUCCCCAGGAAGUGCCUGUUCCAGCAAUGAUAGCCUCAAGUGAUUAUUAUUUCAGUUGGCUCACGUGGGUUACUGAUGAACGAGUAUGUUUGCAGUGGCUAAAAAGAGUCCAGAAUGUUUCGGUCCUGUCUAUAUGUGACUUCAGGGAAGACUGGCAGACAUGGGAUUGUCCAAAGACCCAGGAGCAUAUAGAAGAAAGCAGAACUGGAUGGGCUGGUGGAUUCUUUGUUUCAACACCAGUUUUCAGCUAUGAUGCCAUUUCAUACUACAAAAUAUUUAGUGACAAGGAUGGCUACAAACAUAUUCACUAUAUCAAAGACACUGUGGAAAAUGCUAUUCAAAUUACAAGUGGCAAGUGGGAGGCCAUAAAUAUAUUCAGAGUAACACAGGAUUCACUGUUUUAUUCUAGCAAUGAAUUUGAAGAAUACCCUGGAAGAAGAAACAUCUACAGAAUUAGCAUUGGAAGCUAUCCUCCAAGCAAGAAGUGUGUUACUUGCCAUCUAAGGAAAGAAAGGUGCCAAUAUUACACAGCAAGUUUCAGCGACUACGCCAAGUACUAUGCACUUGUCUGCUACGGCCCAGGCAUCCCCAUUUCCACCCUUCAUGAUGGACGCACUGAUCAAGAAAUUAAAAUCCUGGAAGAAAACAAGGAAUUGGAAAAUGCUUUGAAAAAUAUCCAGCUGCCUAAAGAGGAAAUUAAGAAACUUGAAGUAGAUGAAAUUACUUUAUGGUACAAGAUGAUUCUUCCUCCUCAAUUUGACAGAUCAAAGAAGUAUCCCUUGCUAAUUCAAGUGUAUGGUGGUCCCUGCAGUCAGAGUGUAAGGUCUGUAUUUGCUGUUAAUUGGAUAUCUUAUCUUGCAAGUAAGGAAGGGAUGGUCAUUGCCUUGGUGGAUGGUCGAGGAACAGCUUUCCAAGGUGACAAACUCCUCUAUGCAGUGUAUCGAAAGCUGGGUGUUUAUGAAGUUGAAGACCAGAUUACAGCUGUCAGAAAAUUCAUAGAAAUGGGUUUCAUUGAUGAAAAAAGAAUAGCCAUAUGGGGCUGGUCCUAUGGAGGAUACGUUUCAUCACUGGCCCUUGCAUCUGGAACUGGUCUUUUCAAAUGUGGGAUAGCAGUGGCUCCAGUCUCCAGCUGGGAAUAUUACGCGUCUGUCUACACAGAGAGAUUCAUGGGUCUCCCAACAAAGGACGAUAAUCUUGAGCACUAUAAAAAUUCAACUGUGAUGGCAAGAGCAGAAUAUUUCAGAAAUGUAGACUAUCUUCUCAUCCACGGAACAGCAGAUGAUAAUGUGCACUUUCAAAACUCAGCACAGAUUGCUAAAGCUCUGGUUAAUGCACAAGUGGAUUUCCAGGCAAUGUGGUACUCUGACCAGAACCACGGCUUAUCCGGCCUGUCCACGAACCACUUAUACACCCACAUGACCCACUUCCUAAAGCAGUGUUUCUCUUUGUCAGACUAAAAAUGAUGCAGAUGCAAGCCUGUAUCAGAAUCUGAAAACUUUGUAUAAACCCCUCAGACAGUUUGCUUGUUUUAUUUUUUAUGUUGUAAAAUGCUAGUAUAAACAAACAAAUUAAUGUUGUUCUAAAGGCUGUUAAAAAAAGAUGAGGACUCAGAAGUUCAAGCUAAAUAUUGUUUACAUUUUCUGGUACUCUGUGAAAGAAGAGAAAAGGGAGUCAUGCAUUUUGCUUUGGACACAGUGUUUUAUCACCUGUUCAUUUGAAGAAAAAUAAUAAAGUCAGAAGUUCAAGUGCUA